UUCUCUCUCGCUCUUUCUGUGUGUGUGUGAUUCCUGGAAAGCCCUUGUUCGAGUUCAAUUGCGGAGAGGACCGGGAUGGCUUCUAGGGUUUUAGCGAGGUUAUCGAGUUGUGCCAUCAGUGCAAGACACUGUCUGAUCUCGGGUUCUGCUCCGCAAGGGCCAUUGCCAAGCGUCUCCAAUGGUUUUCACUCAUUGAGCGAAUGGAAUUCUAGUUAUUUGUCCAAUUUUUUUCGUUGUGAAAUGAAUAUGCAAAAGGAAUGUUUAUUUCCUGUAAGUGCUGGAAUUCAAAAAUGUAUGUUUUCAUCAUCUGCAUCUCCUCAACCGACUGAUAAGGACAUUGGUCAGACAAAUGGUGAUCUGGAUGAUGUCUCUGCUGAUAGAAAUCAGGCUGAGCCUAGUGAAACAAAUGCUAAUUCUUCUGCUCCCAAGAUAGCAGAGGAUGCAAGUCAGCCUUUUUCAAAAAAAUAUGAGCCUCAAUCUGGCAAAAGGAGGCGGAAGAGGGGUCCUAUACGAACUGCCUUCUCUGAUUCUGAUACAGAGAAUGAAUUAUCCAAGGAUGAUCUACUGAAGCUAUUGGCAAAGAAAAAAGAGUUAUUAAAGGUAAAGCACCAGGAGUUUGAGAAAAUGCAAGAUAAAGUUGUCCGUAGCUAUGCUGAGAUGGAGAAUGUCUUGAAUAGGACUAAACGAGAGGCUGAAAAUGCAAAAAAAUUUGCUAUCCAGAACUUUGCAAAGAGUCUACUGGAUGUCGCUGAUAAUCUUCGGAGAGCUUCAUUAGUUGUCAAGGAAAGCUUUCUAAAAAUUGAUUCAUCUAAGGACUCGGCUGGGGCCUUGCCACUUCUGAAAACCCUCUUAGAGGGCGUCAAAAUGACUGAUAAGCAACUUGCAGAUGUGCUCAAGAAGUUUGGGGUUGAGAAAUAUGAUCCUAUCAAUGAGCAUUUUGAUCCAAAUAGGCAUAAUGCCGUAUUCCAAGUUCCUGAUUCUUCGAAGCCAUCUGGCACUGUGGCUGCUGUUUUGAAGCCCGGAUACAUGCUUUAUGAUCGUGUUCUUCGGCCUGCUGAAGUUGGUGUCACUCAAGCUUCAGAAGAAAUGACACAAUGAAAUGGAUGGCUGCGUUUCUAGGCUGCAAAUUAACUUCGGAGCAUGUUCAGUAUCGUAAGCUUGUGAUCAAUGUAUCAGUGUUGAUCAAGUUCUGUAAUCCUUUUAAUGAAUUAGACCAAUUUUGUUUCUCAUAUCUUAACUUUGUUCUGUAAUCAUUUGAAUUGUUUAAUUGUAAGCCACAAUAUUCUGGCUUGAGUAGGGGGGACAACAUAAAGACAACACCGAUGUAAAUUUUAUUUAUUUAUUUUUGAAAUUUUGGAACAUAAACGAUGUUGUUACAAGAAAAAAAAGGGGGUUUGU